UGGAUUUGGCCCCUGCAGGAACCAUCUCUGCGCAGAUAUACUUUGCUCCAUAGCAGUUACGAGUAUAUCGCCGACAGAUUAUUCAAAGCUGAAAGGCUCACUGCCUACCUACCUUGGAACGCCAGUGGCUCUUCGAAGCACUUUCAGAUGUCUCAGCUGGUUCUCCAUACCGACAGCAGCAACAACAAUUCAAGGGCAAAUCUAUUAAUCCAUUGGGUAAUGUCCGAUGAUCACGUCCGGUACUGGAUAUAUACUCUGAUAUUGGAAUAUACCUACUACGCAUCUAAUUACACGUAG